AUGCCUAUCACCCUCGUUGCCUUUGACCUUGACGGCACGCUGGCCGAGAGCAAGCAGCCCUUGCUGGACUCCAUGGGCGAGGCGUUGGCCGAUUUGCUAGACGUCGCUCACGUCGCUGUGAUAUCCGGCGGUGAUUGGCCGCAGUUCGAGAAGCAGGUGGCCAGCCGCCUACCGCCGCGCGCCGACAUCCCGAAGCUGUGGCUCAUGCCAACCACUGGUACUAAACUCUACACCCACCGUGACGGGAAAUGGAAUGUCGUCUAUGCCGAGCUGUUCAGCGACGAGGCAAAGAAGCAGAUUUUGACCGCCUUUGAUGCCUCCCUCGAGGCAACCGGCUUCACGCCCGAAAAGACAUGGGGCGAGCGCAUCGAAGACCGCGGUAGCCAGAUCACCUUCUCCGCCCUGGGCCAGCAAGCUCCCCCUGCCGAGAAGCACGUCUGGGACCCCGACUUUGCAAAGCGCAAGGUCAUCCAGGCAGAUCUCAAGAAACGUUUGCCAGAUCUCUCCAUUAACAUGGGCGGCGCCACCUCGAUUGAUAUCACCCAGAAGGGUGUCGACAAGGGGUAUGGGCUCAAAAAGCUCCGCGACGCAAGCAGUAUUCCUCUUGAGCAGAUGCUGUUUAUUGGCGACGCUAUCUUCCCAGGCGGCAACGACUACCCUGCCAAGGAGCUCGGCUUGAAGACGGUGCGUGUCAAGGACCCCAACGGGACACUGGCCGCUAUUGCUGGCAUUGUUGCGUGCCUUUCAUAG